AUCAGUGGAAUAAAUGACAUCAAAAAGGAAUGGACAUGUAAGGUUAGAGUUGUGGUGAAACGGAACAUCAAGACGAGCCCUAACAAGUACAGACCUUUUAUAUUGUUGGAUGUGGAGAUUUCAUGGCCAUUGUGAUUUAGAGAAUGCCCAGAGAGUAUGUCUCCGUUCCCGGACAUGCCAAAACUGCACAUGAUUUCAUGCUUGUGAACAAAGAAAUGAAACCAGUUGUGUUGACUCUUUGGGAAGAUUUCACAAUGAAUCAAGGCCGGGAUAUAACACACCUUUUAGAGAGUGGGCGACACCCAAUAAUUUUGGGUAAAAGGGUGACCGUUACUCCCUUCAAUGGUGUGUCACUCUCCACAAGAUAUGAUUCCGUAUUUGAAGGUAAUCCUUCAGAUCCCACUUGCGACCGGUUGAGAAAAUGGAGGGAUGAAAGCUUGGAGCUUAUAAAGAAUUACAUUGAAACAAAGGCAUAUAAAAAUGCCUUAAUAGCACUUGCUUAUCCGCCUGGGCAUUCGAAGGUCAAAAUUGGCGACAUUUCAAAAUCAAUUUCCCCGAUGAGAGUGAAGAAAGAGGUGGUAUAGAGGUUGAGGAUGGUUUCAAAGAUUCAAAAUCAAGAAACGUCAUCCUUAAUAAAAUACAAACGGUCUAUUCAUGAAUAGAAUUUUUUUUAAUACAUAUAUUCUAAUUUUAUGGUUUGCAAUUGGAUUUUUUAAGGGUAAUGUGCAAACUAGGGAGAGGGAAGAGGGGAAAGAUAGUAGGUUACAGUAAAGAAAAGGAAGAAAAAUGUUAAUGAUUUGCCUAGCCAGAAGAAUAAAGACCCUCAAGAGGAAGUAUUGUUUUCCCAAGUAGCCAAAUGUGGAAUGGUGGUGUUUUGGUGGUAUAGAGGGUGAGGAUUCAAAAUCAAGAAAUGUCAUUAAUAAAAUACAAAUGGUCUGUUCAUGUGUAUAUAUUUUUUGUACAUUUAUUCUGAUUUUAUGGUUUGCAAUUGGAUUUUUUUGAGGUUAAUGUGAAGACUACAGAGAGGGAAGAGGGGAAAGAUAGUAGGUUACAUUAGACUAGCCAAAAGAGAGACCUUGUACAGGAAGUAUUGUUUUCCCAAGUAGUCAAAUGUGAAAUGGUGGUGUUUUGCAGGUAUUCUAUGAAGUGAAGCCUAAUGAAAAGAUCAAGUUUGUGUGUGGCAUUCAAAAGGCUCAACACGUUAUAUUUGCUAAUUGGGUGUGUGUUUCCUUAGCAUCCUCACAUGUUGGAGUUGCUAUUGCUAGUGGGGUUGGAGCUGCAAGUGUUGUGUCUUCUAUUGUUCUAAUGCAGAACUGGCUUUCUCAGGUUUGUUAAUUGAGUUAAAUAUUCAUCUCUGCAAUUAGUUUCUUCUUAGAAGCAACACAACGAGUUUUUCUAAACUUUAAAGUUCAAUGUGUUGGAGGGAGAAAAGAGGGAAAGGGGAUGGAGGGUGAGGAUUAGAGAGUUCUUAAAGACCUUCAAAUUCUCACCUUCCAUCUUCUUACCCUCCAACCGCACACAACCUUAAGGUCUCUUUUGAACACUAAUUUGAUAUUAGGGAGAUUUUGGUGGCGGCCAGCAUGGGGGGAGGACAUUAAUGAUUUUUUUGAAUAUUAGGCUAUACUUUGGAAAAUAUUGAGUAUAUUCAAGUUUGAUUAGUUGUCAUUCUUUAAAAAUUGCUAUAUUUGAAUUUACAAAUUACAUGAGCUCCAGCAAACAUGUCAAAAUGAUAUGUCGAGUUUUAACUAAGUUUGUCACCCACAAAUUUUCUUUGAGGUGAGGGGGGCGUGAUAACUUUUGAAUAAGAUACUUAGAUGUGG